AUGGCUUCAAAGCAGAUAAUUAAUUCAGUCCUAGUCUUGAGGGUCAUCACUCUUUUGGCGCUGGGUGCCUCAGUUGUGCUUUUGGUUCUUAACAAUUGCAAGCUCAGUGAUGGCGCUAAAAUAUUCUUUGCUGAUCUCCAUGCUUACUGGUAUGCUGUGGCUGUGGCAGGCGUCGGCUUCAUCUACACGCUCAUUCAGCUUCCCUUUGCUGUAUAUCACGUUAGCACAGAGAAGAGGUGGAUUCGCAACGGCUGUCUGCCGGAGUUUGAUUUCUACGGCGAUAAGGUCAUCAGCUUCCUUUUGGCAAGUGGAGUUGGAGUGGGAUUUGGUGUUACCUUCGAGCUUAAAAGAUACCUCGAUGUAGUUUCUGUUGCUGCUGUAGUAUUAGGUGCCAAUGCCGCAGAGGUAGAUGAAGAGAGAUCAAAAGCAUCCGACUUCCUUGAUAGGGAGAACAUUGCUACUGGUAUUCUACUUGCCAACUGGUCCAGUAAUCCUCAUGCACUCAAAGCAUAUCGAUUUUGGAUAUCAUCUCCAUCAUCAAGAAAUUGCCUGUCCAUUACCAUUAUAGCUUGGAGGCCUUUUGACCAUGCUGCUUUUGCAAAGCCGAAUUCUCUCUCACACCUUGAUAUGUGCUCCUUUUGUCCUAUAAUUUGA